AAAAAAAAAAAAAAAAAGAUCGAGAAAAAAAAAUUAAGAAAAAUGCAACCACCGUAAUAUAACGUCUUUUUUCCCCAUAUUUAUCACAUGCAACUUUUCCCAUUUGUUGGCUGCUCUUUAUUGUGGAUAGCCUCACUUGUGCUGGCACAAGCAAAUGGUUCCGAUCAGCAAUCCAAUGGGGUUGAUUUCGACAACAGGUUCACAGUAGAAACCCGCAACUGCUACAAAGUGUUGACAAACAAUAUCCUGAAUGAGCGAUACGCACUGGUGUCUUGCAAUGUCACCGACGAUCUUUCCGGGUAUCAAGCGGUUGUUCAAGUACCUGUCAAGAGAGUCGGCGUGACGAAUGCGCUUGAUAUCCUUCCCUUAUUUGAGUUGCUCGCCCAACAGAAUAUCGUGGUUUCGGUCACGCCGGCCGCUAAUGUCACGUCGCCGUGUUAUGGGAAUUUUACCAAUGGUUCAGUGGACGUGAUGUUUAUGGAUCAACCCGUGCGCAACAAUAACUCGACGGAUCAAACACCGAUUGUAGGCGUAUCGUCUUCGAGCACCGAUUUGCAUCCGUUAGAGAAAGCAGCAUGGAUUAUGUACAUUGCUCAAUUUUUGGAUGCUGAAACCGACGCCACAAGUAUUAUGCAUAACAUCAAAAUGGACUACAAUUGCAACAAAGCCAAUAUCGCUAGCGCAGGCAAUCUAUCUCUUGCCUGGACAUACUACGAUGCGGGAAAACGGGAAUGGAGUUUGCUGGGCGACCGGUACCACAGUUCGUUGACUCUUGACGCUGGAUUCACAUCAGCUGUCGACGGCACACGCAAGUUUACGAAUAUCAGUGAUUUGCACGAAGCCAUGAAGGGUAUUCAAUAUGUCAUUGAUGUUACGCCUCUGGAAAAUCUCAACAGCGAACAAAGUGCCUCGUACAGCGAUUGGUUGCGAUUAGGAGGGUUUUUACCGGGACAAGAUGCGUUUACGGAACCGUUCAGAGAUUAUCGUCAAAUGUUCCGUAUGGAUGGGUUAGUGAACGAUGAAGGAUACUCUGAUUGGCCCGAACGAUCCGCAGCUCGACCUGAUCUUGUGUUAAGGGAUAUGAUUCAGAUGGCCUAUCCUACGUACGAUCAGCAGUAUCGGGCUACUUGGAUGCGCAAUUUUGCGAAAUCGACCAGCGUCAAGACGGUGUCUGAAACAACGUAUCCUAGCUGCUCAGAUCCUAUUAAACGUUUGACCGUGUGCAAAUCCGGUGUGUAUAAACCUUCGCCUUCGGACACUGGUGAUUCCGGAGAUAACGAUUCAAGCAAUCCAAAGUCCGGGUUGUCGACGGGUGGCAAAGUGGGUAUUGCCAUUGGUGUCAUUGCAGGUGUAGCGGGCGCAGGCGUAGCUGGCUUUUUCCUUUACCGUCGAAAGCAGAGCUCAGGCACCCGUCCUUUCUAUAAGAUGAACGACCUAUAGAAUCCUUUCUAACAUGUGUAUAUCCUUUACUUUAUUUCUUUUUUUUUAUCUCCUUUGCAUGAUUAUUGUACUUUUUAAAAAUAGCAACUUUUUUUUUUGGAUUUUGUCAUUCCGCGGAAUGAAUAUAAAAACACAUUUACUUCAUUGCAACAAAAUAUUCGUUAUAAAACACCGU